UCUGCUUAUUUACCCACAGCGCUGAUAAAUUUUCAAGUAAACUGUAAACUGGUAAUCGUUUAUUCGUUAUGCAAAUGUCUAUAAUCGCCUUUGAAGUUAAGUAGUAUAAUUAGUUUGUCGACUUGUUACAACUAACAUUGUUCACAUUGUAAAUUCCUAAAGAGUACUGGAUAAAAGUAUUACUUGUUUUCUUUUAUAAUUCGCCUGUCUUUUUUGUUAAAAUUAACGCUAAACAUGGAGGCCGAAGACAACAUACAAAAAAUGUACAAAUAUUUUGGUAUUCUUGCUGAUGCAAAAGAAAACAUAGCUGAAAAAGAACCAGAGUAUUUGGAAAUAUUAUCAGCAGUUAAAGGAUCAACUAAGGAAAAAAGACUUGCAUCUCAAUUCAUAACACGUUUUUUCAAAUAUUUUCCGAAUUUAGCUGCGCAGGCCUUGGAGGCACAGCUUGAUCUUUGCGAAGAUGAAGAUAUUUGUAUAAGGAAGCAAGCGAUCAAAGAUUUACCUGUGCUUUGUAAAGAAUCUAAGGAGUAUUUAACCAAAAUAGCAGAUAUACUGGCUCAGUUACUUCAGGCUGAUGACGCAGUAGAAUUACAAAUAGCUCAAAAUUCGUUAUUGUCCCUUUUUAAAAUUGAUGCAAAAGGAGCUUUGACAGGAAUAUUUAGUCAAAUGCAAUCAAACGAGGAAGUCGUUAGGGAACGUUCAAUGAAGUUUAUUUUAAACAAAGUAAUGCCUUUGGGUAAAGAUAUAAUAAAGAAAGACGUAGAGGACUUGAUUAUAGCAGAGUGCAAAAAAGUUAUGCAAAACAUCACAUGUGAUGAAUUCGAAACACUUAUGACAAUAUUAUCCUCAACUCAUUUAAUAAAUACGUCAGACGGACAAAAAGAAUUAGUUGAACUGUUGGCUAAUACAGCUGAACUUGAUCAAUUUUUCAACCCUAAAGAUGUCGACCAAGUGAACAGGUUCAUCACAUGCCUUGAUUUCGCAUUACCAUUUUUUUCAGCCCAUAUCGAAUCCACCAAGUUUAUUGUUUACAUCUGUGAGUUAUUGAAUCGUUAUACUUUAAUAAAAGAUGAUGAUAAGCAGUUUAUAAUUUUAAAACUGUUGGCUGAAUCGGUUUCAUAUUGUGGUAAACUACAAAAUCCUGAAGCAGUUGUUGGACAAGUUUAUCAAGCUCUUAUUGAUUUGGUCACUGUGCCAGAAAACGAUGUUAGCAAGAAAGUAGAAAAUAUGGACUUACAUCGUGUAGAAGCACUUCUGUAUACCUUUCAUAAAUUGGGAAAACAAUGUCCAGACUUUUUAAGCAAAGAUCCUGAAAGACAAAAAGAAUUCAAGAAAAAACUACUGUACGUUGGUACUUGUACACAAACAUUUGUGAAAGUAGUCAAGCAAGAAUUAAAAGGAAGAGGCGAUGAUGAUGUAAAAACAGAUCCAAAGAUUGCUACAAAACUAGAAGGCCUAAGAUUAGCGUGCAACCUAAAUACACUAAUUAAAGAACUGUUUAAUAUUCCACCUAGAUUCAAAGCAACCGUAACUUUAUCUUGGGUUGCCGGAGCUACCAAAUCCAAACUUGCACAAAUUGUACUCGAGGGUAAGAAACACGAACCCAUUAUUGUAGACGGAAAGACUAAACGAGUUGAUAGUACAACUGGUGGUAAUAGUAGUCAGCAACUGUACCAACCACCUAAAGAUAAAUUUAGUGCUAAAUUCUCAAACACGACCAACACAAAUAACUCUAAUCGGCGUGGUGGUGGUGCAAAUUGGAACAAUAAAAGAUCAUUUGACUCGAACAAUAGUAAUCGUCGAGCAUGGCGACCAUAUUAACUAAUUGAAAAUAAACGCUUCAAUUUACUUUACUGACGUGUUCUGUAUUAUUUUAAGAAGUAAUCUUUAUUUUUACUUAAGAAAAAUUGUAUUUUUUUUUUCUUAACAACAAUAGUAAUAAUGGUAAUUAUUAUGAUUUAUAAACUAUUAUUGUAAAUAAAUAAAUGUCUAGUGUUGAUCAUCUA